GGUCCAGCAAGACUAUGAACCUCUGUUCCAAAUGCUUUGCUGAUUUUCAAAAGAAACAACCAGACGAUGAUUCUGCUCCAAGUACAAGUAACAGCCAAUCAGAUUUGUUUUCCGAAGAGACCACCAGUGACAACAACAAUACCUCGAUAACCACGCCAACUCUUAGUCCCAGCCAGCAGCCGCUUCCGACAGAACUGAAUGUAACUUCACCAAGUACAGAGGAGUGUGGGCCAUGCACAGACACAGCUCAUGUCUCGUUAAUCACACCAACCAAAAGAUCCUGUGGUACAGAUUCACAGUCUGAGAACGAGGCUUCACCAGUGAAACGGGCACGACUACUGGAGAACACCGAACGGCCUGAGGAAACCAGCCGGUCUAAACAGAAGAGUCGACGUCGGUGCUUCCAGUGCCAAACCAAACUGGAGCUGGUGCAGCAGGAACUGGGAUCAUGCCGCUGUGGUUAUGUGUUCUGUAUGUUACAUCGCCUUCCCGAGCAGCAUGACUGUACGUUUGACCACAUGGGCCGCGGCCGAGAGGAAGCCAUCAUGAAAAUGGUGAAACUGGACCGGAAAGUGGGGCGCUCCUGCCAGCGCAUCGGGGAGGGGUGCUCCUGAAGGCCAGGCACGGCCGCCACAUGACGCUGUUCUUAGUUCACUAAUGUUAGCCUUAUUUAGGACAAAGUCAGCCAGACACCUUGUACUGGGCACGCGUCAGACUACAGCCAGUCCGUUUCCUUUCUUUAGCCAGCCAUCCUGGUACUGUAGUUUAGGGGUUGAUGGUGGUUGAAAUUGAUUUCUGGCUGGUUACUAAGGUGCCUGCUAGCCAUUGUAUAAAAUUAAAACAUGAAGAAUAUUUU